CGUCAUCCGGCCGGCACAGACACGGCUGCCGUUUAUACAUAACAACAAGAGCUGCAGCUGGUCAGCACUAAUUCCGUGAGAAAACAACGAUGUUGACUCCUUCCUUAUCAGUCACCGGGGUCGGAGUAAACCGGAAUCACUUACAAGUCACCACCAACGCCAAUGGUGCAUCGGCGCCGCUACGAUCAUUUCAUUUCCUUUAUUUCCGCUAUUUUCCACAACAACGGGAUGCUAAAUAUCUAUAUGUACAACUUCAUAGCAGUGUUCGACCGAAUUCCAUCAUUUUCAGUCAUAAAUUUUUUAAAUAUUAUGGUUUUUUCCAUUGAGCAUUGAAUUAACUGACAUUUUGCAGCAUUUGCAUAUCUGCAUCAUGAAACUACCGAGGAUAUUCCUUUAUGUCAUUGCAACUAUAAUUAUCGCUGCAGUUUCAAACUCGAAUGCCUUGAAGUGCUUCUUUUGCACGCCGAUGCCGGGUACCGGGCAGUGCGGCAACAUCAGUGAGCAGUUUUGUGAGAUCUAUCAGGACGUGUGCGUCAAGUUGGAAGGCAGUGAAACGGAUGACGGGACCACCAUUCCAGGCAUCAUGGAGCGCGGAUGUGCCACUCUGGCGCAGCUGCGUAACCACACGGAUGCCGCCGAAGCCGACAAAUGCCACACGGUGGUGGAUGCCGUCGACCACAGUCCCGAUCCGGCGUCCGGCACCACUGUGUCCACCUUCACCGGCACCGUCUGCGUCUGCUCGACCAACCUCUGCAACACGGCCGUUGUCACACACCGCCACGCGGCUCACGUCUUCCUUGUCUUUCCCAUGGUUUUUCUAUUUCUGCGAUAAAAGGAAACGUUUUUUUAGCGGCACUAGCAGCGAGUUGCUGUACAAGCCACCAAACUGAACUAUACGCCAAACCAAUAUUGCAGUUAUAUCUAUAUAUACUGUACUCGUGUAUGAGAUUUAUAUAAAUAUUUUUGUAUAUUUUGGAAAUUCCUGGUCUUUAUUACAAAAAGUUAAUGUAAUUUUGUUUACAAUAACUUCAUGCAGGAUUUGGUACCCACAGACUUUAUCUGGGAUUUACCUGUACUCUGUACAUACAUAAUAAAUUUACCAAUACCGAA